AUGCCUUCAAUAGCACGAUAUGGGAAUGACACAAGCAGUGUGCUUCAGCAAAUUGUUACUUCUUCCUCGGAAACAGAUACGCUGGAUCAACUGAUCCCUUAUAUUAAAGAUUACAGCUAUGGGAACAAGACUUCACAUCUGCUCAGCCAGCUAUCUGACUUGGCUGCUGAAAGGGAAACAGAGAUUGAGCGACAAUGCAAUGCCAAUCACCAAGAGUUUACGAGUUCCGUGCAACAGCUUCUUCGGAUUCGUGAAGGGACCGUGACCUUGACGCAUGAGAUCCUCGAACUGAACCAGUCGAUCCAAGCCAGUACAGAAAAGCUAGUUGACCAGAAGAAAGCGCUUGUAGAAUGUCGUGGGGUGAGGCAAAACAUAGACGACGCCAGUCAUGCUUUGCAAGAUUGCUUAGAAGUCCUUCGCCUCGCCAACCAAGUGCAAGAGCUCCGCGACCAGAAGAAACACUACGCAGCUCUACGAGCUCUCGAUGAGCUUCAGAGUGUCCAUCUACAAAGUGUGACACAAUACAAACUGAGCGAACUGAUCCAAAAGUCUGUUCCAGCCAUUCAAAAAUCCAUCGCCGAAGCCGUCAUGGCCGACCUCAAUACCUGGCUCUUUCGGGUUCGGGAAAUGUCGCAAUACCUUGGCGAACUAUCCUUCUAUCACACCGACCUGCGCCAGCAACGUCUCAAGGAGCGGUCUGAAAGGAAUGCGUACCUGGGGAAUUUCAAGCUCAACUCUGCAAUCGAGCUGGUAGCUGAUGAACACGAGGAGUUUGACCUCCUCAAAAGCGAAGACCUUGAAGUCGAUUUCACUCCUCUUUUCGAGGCAUUACACAUCUACCGCUCUCUCGGCCAAAUGGACAAAUUCAAGUCAGACUACACAAACAGCCGCCGGGCACAGCGCGACCUUCUCCUCCAAAACACAAUCUCACUGGUCGACGAAGAGCUGGGAGACCUACACACAUUACUCGAGGAUAUCGCAGGCUUUGCUAUCAUGGAACGCGCCACUAUGAAAAAGGUGCCAGAUCUGCGGUCCACUACGGACGUUGAAGAGCUUUGGGAUUCUCUCUGCCGAAAGGGCAUCUCGCUCAUGUCCAAAGCUCUCGGCGCAGUCGACAACGCCGAACACCUGCUGAAAAUCAAAAAUCUUAUAUCUCUCUUCAUCCAGACCAUGAACACCUUCAACUUUAACACCUCAUCCGUUUCCAACUUCGUCCUCAUCCUGUUCGACAAGUACGCGGAGCUUCUGAAGCAACGAUUCUCCGAGGACUUCAUCGAGAUUGUCAGUACGGACGACUACAUGCCGAUGCCGAUCCAGAACGCGGAAGAAUUUGAAAAAGUCGUUAAUGUCUCAUGGUACACGCCCGACCGACCGGUGCACGAAAUGACAUUCCCGACCGUCUUCCCAUUCUCUCAGAUGUACCCGCUCUGCUGCAUCGACAUCCGCAACUUCCUGAACCAGUUCUACUUCUUCAGCUCGCAAGACGAGGCACCGUCGCCUCUCACCACACGCAUCGACGCCAAACUUCUCACCUCGCUGGAUGAUCUCCUCUGCACCAAGGUGUGCGCGAGCCUCGUCUCCAAGCUCUCCUCCCAAUACCUCGGUCAAAUCGUGCAGAUCUUGAUCAACCUCUCCCACUUCACGACAGCAUGCCACGAGCUCGAGACGCUCCUCGCGUCAGCGCGCACCUCAGCACAGGCAGGCCCUGCCAUCACGCUGCGCGCGACGUCGCAGUUCUUUCAGCACCAAAAGACGGCCGAAAACCGCAUCUUCGAACUAGUCAACAGCAAGGUGUCAGACCUCAUCGAAACGGCCGAGUACGACUGGCUUUCACGCGACGCACCCGCCGAACCGUCCAACUACAUCCUCACGCUGACGCGCUAUCUCGCCAACAUCAUCAACUCGGUGCUCCUGUCGCUGCCGUCGUCGCUCAAGGACCUCAUGCUGUUCAACGCCAUCUCGUACACGGCGUCCGCGAUUCUUUCCCUCCCCCUCUCCCCCUCGGUCGAACGCAUCACCACGACCGCCAUCGCCCAACUGUCCAUGGACAUUGACCACUUCCGCAGCUACGUCGAGACCCUCCCGAACAACUCCAUCCUGCUCGAAUGUCUCGACGAGCUCAUCCAGACCGUCGCCCUCAUGUCCACCGACCAGCCCGACGAAUUCUACGACAUCUCCCUACGGAACAAGAAGUACCGCAACGUCGACCCGCUCAAGGGCCCGCAGCUGUUGGAAAAGGUCGUACGCGUCCCCGUGCAAAGCCCAACCGCAGGUAAUGGUCACAACCGGGGGAGUAGCAGCGGUACGCCUGGCCCGCAGAGCCCGGCGUCUGGACAUCAGGUCAGUAUGAGGGGCAAUGCUACAUUUGCCGCCUUGCAAAAUAGGUUCAUGAACUCUGGCAGAUAG